CUGUCCAGCACAGUUGUGAAGCAAUUUGUGACUGGUGGUGUUCCUGCAGCUGAAAUCCUGGCCAGUGAGUCCAGUGAACCUGGUGAGGAUCAUGAGACUCUAUCCUACGAGAAACUGCUGUGGACCUGCAGUCGACUCCUCAAGGUCCUCUCCGUCUGCCCCAGCAACAAGCCAGAGAUUGUUCAGGCUGGAGGGAUGCAGGCGCUAUCUCGUCAUCUUGGUCACCGCUCAACUCGACUAGUCCACAACAUUCUCCACACACUCCGCAAUCUCUCUGACAUGGCCACUAAACAGGACCAUCUGGACGACCUCUGCGGCAGUUGAUAGUCCUCCUUGCCUCUAACGACGUCACUACGGUCACCUGCACGGCCGGUGUCCUCUGCAACCUCACCUGCAACAACGCCAAGAACAAGACAUCGUCUGCCAGCUACACGGCGUCCAGGUAUGUACAUGUAUACAAACACUG